AGACAGGAAAGGUCGGAGGUUUGGAGACGGAGGCGCGCGGAGAGCGAGAGGAGGAGAAAAGAGGAUUUGUUGACAAAAUCACCAAGUUGGAGAAGCUCCUCCUCUCCGUGAUGUCGUCGGAACCUCCUUAAUUACUAAUUUCUCCACAUCCACGCCACGCUCUCUCCCUCUCUCUCCCUCCCUCCCUCUCUCUCUCUCUCUCCAUCCAUGCGUCUCUCAUCCUGAGCCUCCUUUCUCUCUCCUCUCUGUCUCUCUCUCGGAUCACGGAGGUGGAGGACCUCGGAGUUGUUGUUGUGGUUGUUCAUUUUUUUUUAUUAUUUAUUCCUGGUUUUGUCGGGAGAGCCGCCACCGGGCAUGGAGGAUGUAAAAGACCCGCCGACCGUGCACCGGUCCUCCUCCUUCAGCAUCAAGAGCCUCCUGCUGCCCUCCAAGUGCGAGCGUGCGGACUCCGCGACGGUCGCGAUCCACGGAGCCCCGUGUCUCUCCCCGGGCUCCGACUGCGAGAAGUCUCUGGACCCCCCGGAGGUGGACUCUGCGGCCUCCACGCUUCUAGAGCCGGAGAAACCUGGCAAGGAGGAGCCGGAGGAAGAGGAGGGGGACGGAGGGGGAGGCGGAGGAGGGGACGGCGGCAAGGCGACACCGGAGCAGAACACCGGCGGCGGCAAAAACGGGAAGUAUGACAAGCCUCCGUUCAGCUACAACGCGCUGAUCAUGAUGGCCAUCCGGCAGAGCCCCGAGAAGCGGCUCACGCUCAACGGCAUCUACGAGUUCAUCAUGAAAAACUUCCCGUACUACCGAGAGCACAAGCAGGGCUGGCAGAACUCCAUCCGGCACAACCUCAGCCUCAAUAAGUGCUUCGUCAAGGUGCCUCGGCACUACGACGACCCGGGCAAGGGCAACUACUGGAUGCUGGACCCGAGCAGCGACGACGUGUUCAUCGGCGGGACCACCGGGAAGCUCCGCCGGCGCUCCGCCACCUCUCGGGGCAAGCUGGCGAUGAAGCGCGGGUUGCGCUUCGCUCCUCUCGGGCUGGGCAUCAACGAGCGGAGCAGCAACCCGCUGUACUGGCAGCUGUCCCCGUUCCUGUCCCUGCACCACCACCACCAUCACCCGCACUACAACGGCUCGUCCGCCGGCUUCCUGAACCAGGCGGCCGGCUACGGCUCGCUGCUGCCCGCCGUGGAGCAGCUGAGUAACGGGGAGCUGGGCCGCUCGCUGCCGCUGGGCCUGACGAACAGUUACGGGAUGAGCUCGUCGCCGGUCGGGCUGCUGUCCGGUCAGCCAGGAUACUUCGUGUCAGGGAGCCAGCACUCGGCGGCCCCGCCGGGGGGGGGAGGCGGCCCGCCGCCCGCGGCUCCUCCGCCGCCUCCUCACCUCCCGCAGGGCGCUCCGGGCUUCGGCGGCUCCCCACAGGCGCUGCUCUCGGACUCGCUCAGAAACAGCUCGCUACCGGCCUUCUCCCCCGGUGUGUCCGCGGGGUUCCCCGGGGUGCUGUCCCACCAAAAGAGGGUGACCCCUAACGCGUUCCUAAACUGACCCCCCCACGCACACACACCCACACACCCUGGCUUCGUGGACUGCGCCGGGACGAGGACGCACAGACGUCACGUUAAGGGCAAAUAGAAAGUGGUAAACAUCAGAAAUGUGUGUAUGAAUCCAUAAAUGAAGCGAGACUUCUGGCCACACGGAGUGCGAUGCACAGCUCGGCUUCAUCUUUACUUUAAAAGGGAGAAACUUUUGUUACCGCCGGUCGUCCAACUGUAAACUAGACUUGCCAAAGGUAACACUAUAAGUAUAUUUCAAACUAUUUAUAUCUUGUACAAAGAUUUUCAGUACUUUGUUUGUCGUUUAUUUAUGUUUUGUAUUUAUUGUAUUUAAAUUCUAUUCGUCAGUGUUUGCGCUUCAGUAUUAAGAAAACGAGGGGUGGGGCUGGAAAUACGACAGGGUUAAUAAUUAUUUAUGAAUUUUGAGACAAUCGAGGAGGAAAAAAACGAGACAAUCAAAACUUUUAUUUUGUGUUUUACUGGGAGGAAAAACACGUGAACAAAGCCUUAAAAUUGGAAACGAUCAGGGUUUUUGAGAGGAAGCAGAAGCCUACAAAUCAUAUCUCAGGUUUGACCUCUGAAUUAGAACAAUGCGAUUAAAUAAUGGUGUUAAAGCCGCUCUGUGUGAAGAGUUUCCUUCCAAAAAUAAUUCGAUGUAUUUUUCGGCCUUCGUGAUCACUAAAUCCAGAAAAGUGUGUAAAUGUUUUUGGAACAAACUCUUCAGCUGUAAUUAUGCAAACACGUUUUUUUGUUCAGCAUCAACACGCAGACUGUUCACUCCGUUUAUUUUGCUGUGUGUGUGUGUUUGUGCGUAAAGGCCUGAAUGAGCGUAAAAGCUCCUGCGCAUGUGCGCUCAGAGCCGCCGCACAGCCCCUCUUCUUCUUCUUUUAACUUUCUCUGCCGUCUUCUCGCUUUUUUUCUGGCCCGCUGACCCGCUCUGGUUCCUGGAGAACAUUUUUAAGUGACCCGCGGAGGCUUGUGGCCUCUGUGCUGCUGCUGGGACUAUUUUCUUUCCUUUUAAGGGGCUCCAACAAGCAUCAGGCCCUCACACACACACGCACACACAUAAAGGCCUAUUUACAUGUAGCUUUGGUCAUAUGAAAAACUUUUUUCACCAGAUUUUUUCCUUUUCUAAUGUUUUUUUUCUUUUUGAUUAGAGAAGAGUUUAAAAUAAUGAAAUGAACGAAAAUCAGAGCGUCCUCACAGCCAUGGAGUCACUUUAUGUUACCUUUAGGAGACAGCCAUUAAAAAAACGAAUAAUUUAAUAGUCAGAGGAGUCGGAGGCGUGGGAAGAGUUAAAAACGUGCAUGACAAUCAAUGAAACUGGAGAUGCUUCAGGCCAACUGAAAUCAUAUAUAUGCAACUUAUUUUUUUUUAAAAUAUUCUGCGGAGAAAUAAAGUCAUCAGAAAGUUUCUCAUGUGUCAGCUGACCUCAGCAGGAAGGGAGGGGCAUAUAUUUAACAUUUAAGAUGACACACACACACACACACACACACACACACACACACACAC